CCAUGUUACCUCUCCCUUCUCUCUCACACACCACACACACUUCCCACGCCUACAUGUACUACCUUCGACCCAUAGAUAUAUAUAAAGACAAAUACUGGCCAAAAUAACAGACAAAGACAGUACAGAACAAGACAUCGCUGUCUUGUUUCCUCCCGACCCCCACCCCUACCCCCACCCCACCACCUUUCCUAACUUCAAAAACUAACCAUAACUCCUCCAAAACCACACAAAACUGGAUUUUCUUUCCCAUCCCGUCUCACUUCGCAGCUCCUUCAAUCUUGCUGACAUAUUUUCUUCAAAGAAAACCCCUUACUCUUAGAGAGAGAGGGAGUGAUAGAGAGAGAAUGUAUUCGGCUUUGCCAAUACACAGUUUGGCAGUGGAGGCGGGAGGGGGGGAUUAUCCGGGACCGUUGGACGGCACCAACUUGCCUGGAGAUGCGUGUCUCGUCCUCUCCACUGAUCCUCGCCCGCGCCUGCGCUGGACGGCCGACCUCCAUGAGAGAUUUGUCGACGCCGUCACGCAGCUCGGCGGCGCUGAUAAAGCGACACCAAAAACAAUUAUGAGAACCAUGGGAGUAAAAGGCUUGACUUUGUACCAUUUGAAAUCUCAUCUUCAGAAAUACCGGAUGGGGAAACAAGCGGGCAAGGAAUUAACUGAAGUCUCAAAAGAAGUAUCUUGUAUCGCUGAGAGUCAGGAUACAGGUUCGUCUACAUCAACUUCAUCAAAAAUGAUGGCCCAAGAUAUCAACGAUGGUUACCAGGUAACUGAGGCUUUGCGCGUGCAGAUGGAAGUUCAACAACGAUUGCACGAGCAGCUAGAGGUUCAGCGACGCCUGCAGAUCCGGAUAGAAGCACAAAGCAAGUACCUACAGUCGAUCCUCGACAAAGCUUGUAAAGCACUCGAUGAUCAGGCAGUGGCCUCAGCUGGGCUGGAGGCUGCCCGGAGAGAGCUCUCCGAUCUAGCAAUCAAGGUCGCACACGACUGUAAUGGCGUGUUGUCCGUGCCUCCCGUGUCCUGUGAUGCCUCGGAUACGACAGAUGGGCACAGCAUUCCACGCCUGCCUGCCCGGCUUGGUGACUGCUCCAUGGACAGCGGCAUGAUGUCAUCAAAUGGGAGCCCGAUUUCUCCCUCGACUCUCGAGUCACAGGCGGCUGCGGCGCUCAAGAAAAGACCGCGCCCUUUGUUCAGCUCCGGGGAGACGAUGCCUAUUGACGGCAGUAUGAGGCCGGUGGAGUGGAUGAUGUCAAAUUUUGGAUGAAGCAUUAAAAUUCAAGAAUGGAGAAGGGUUGGUUUGCCUUAAUCUUGUUAUUAUCAGUUGUUUGUACAUUUCUCCAAAAAGAUGAUAGGAAGCACUUUUGAAGUGGAAUUGAUCCUUCUCUGUAUUCAUUGGGACAAUGACUCGUAUAUUAUAGUGAAAGUGCAGAAUUCUUUGGAUAUCUCAA